CCCGCCACGCGGAGAAAGCGCUGCCAGAGAGGGGCGCCGGAGCCAUGACCCUUCGUCGACUCAGGAAGCUGCAGCAGAAAGAGGAGGCGGCGGCCGCCCCAGACCCCGCCGCUCGGGCUCCUGACUCGGAAGCCGCUCCCGCCGCUCCGACCCCGACCCCGGCCUCGGGCCCCCCUGCUGCAGCCGCCGGCCCUGGGACCCCCGGGGACGAGCUGUACGCGGCGCUGGAGGACUACCACCCCGCCGAGCUGUAUCGCGCGCUCGCGGUGUCCGGGGGCACCCUACCCCGCCGAAAGGGCUCAGGAUUCCGCUGGAAGAACCUCAGCCAGAGUCCUGAACAGCAGCGGAAAGUGCUGACUUUGGAGAAGGAGGAGAACCAGACCUUUGGCUUUGAGCUCCAGACUUAUGGCCUUCACCACCGAGAGGAACAGCGCGUGGAGAUGGUGACCUUUGUCUGCCGGGUUCAUGAAUCCAGCCCUGCCCAGCUGGCGGGGCUCACACCAGGGGAUACCAUUGCCAGCGUCAACGGCCUGAACGUGGAAGGCAUCCGACAUCGGGAGAUUGUCGACAUCAUUAAGGCAUCUGGCAACGUUCUCAGACUGGAAACUCUGUACGGGACAUCAAUUAGGAAGGCAGAACUGGAGGCUCGUCUACAGUACCUGAAGCAAACCCUGUAUGAGAAGUGGGGAGAAUACAGGUCCCUGAUGGUGCAGGAGCAGCGGCUGGUGCAUGGUCUCGUGGUGAAGGACCCGAGUAUCUAUGACACGCUGGAGUCGGUGCGCUCCUGCCUGUACGGCGCGGGCCUGCUCCCGGGCUCGCUGCCCUUCGGGCCUCUGCUGGCCGCCCCGGGAGGCUCCCGCGGGGGAGCGCGGCGGACCGGGGGCGACUCGGAAGAUGCGGUCUACCACACGUGCUUCUUCGGGGGCGCUGAGCCGCCUGCGCCCCCGCCGCCGCCGCCGCCCCUCGCGCGCCUGCCGGGACCGGGCGCGGCCGACGCUCCGGCCCCGGGGUCCCGAGCGAUGCUGAGCCGCAGCGCCAGCGUGCGGUGCGCGGGCCCCGGGGGCGGCGGCGGCGGUGCGCCGGGCGCGCUCUGGACUGAGGCUCGCGAGCAGGCCCUGUGCGGCCCCGGCCUGCGCAAAACCAAGUACCGCAGCUUCCGCCGGCGGCUGCUCAAGUUCAUCCCCGGACUCAAUCGCUCCCUGGAGGAGGAGGAGAGCCAGCUGUAGGGGCGGGGGCGGGCAGGGGAACGUAUUUAUUUAUUUAUUCUUUCCAGCAGUGCAAAAAGCGGGCGGGGGCGGUCGCUUGGCCGCCACGGGGACCCCAAGAGCCCGGAGUAGCAGGAGAGGGUCCUUGGCAACCCCAACUGGUCCUGGCUAGUCUCUGCAGAGUGGUGAACCCAGCCCCAGGCCUCUUUACGCGCGCUCCCCCAGACUACAGUGGGAGAUGGGCACAGGAGAACCGGAGAGUUCGGGGUUGGGAGAGGUUCGGGGGCCAAAAAUGGGACGUGCCAUCCUGCAUCUGGGUCAGCAGUGCCUUGUGGGGUGUCCAGGAAAACUCCACCUCUAGGUGGGGGGACCCUGUCCCACGAAGCCCUCUCCUCAGCUUUACUUGCUCCCCGCCCUUGGCCAUGGGGAGAAAUGGCCUCCGCCGGGGUCGUUCCCCUACCCACCCCACACAGACACAGUUCCAGUUAUCCAGUGGGCGCCUGAGGGGGCCCAAGGUGCUGGUCUCCCUCCCUCUCAGCCUUGACCCUUAAGGGCUUGGCCCCCUAGGGGCCCUUAACUAAGUGGGGUCCUACUGGGCAGGGGUCCUGGGUCCUCUGCCCUUGGGAGAUAGGAAUGGGCACCCCCGGGUGGGGUGAGGGCAGUGCAGCCUCUUCCACCGUUUUGCAUAUUGUUGCUUCUGAACCACAAACUAUAAA